GCAUGCCUUUGUGCGGACCCUUUGAUGGUUAGCUGAUGGGGCCAUUGAGUAGCUUUCCAAGAGCUCCGGCCUCAAAGCAGCUUGAGCUUUGGUUUUUGUGUGCAGCUCUUAAACCGAAGAAAGAAAAAAAAGAGCGAGAGAGAGAGAGAGAGAGAGAGAGAGAGAGAGAGAGAGGCCCCAGCAGUGGGAGGGAAUCAGACUUUACUUCAGUACAGUCCGUAUAUUCCCCCUCGUGCGCCCCAUCUGUCUGUGACAAUAACGAGGACGAGGGCAGGUUCCUGGUUUCUGGAAUGUAAACGUUGCCACUGGGAGCUGUGGGUUUCACAUCAGCACCAGCUUUGUAUACUUUAUCUCUCUCUCUCUCUCUCACUGUUUUUUCCUUCCUCUCCGGGGCUAAAACCAUCAAUGUAUAGAUUUCUCUUCCUUCCUUCCUUCUUCGGCUAAAGAGAGCAAAAACAAUCAGAUUCCUUCACCAGGCUUUUCUUACCACUAAUGAACUUCAUUAUGUGUACUUUUGGAGAAAAUAGAAGAAGAAAAUACAACUGCAAUGCUACUUAAUUGAUUUUCAGGUAAUUGCUUAUCGAUAUUUCAACCACUUUGAGAUCUUUAUUGAAUGUUAGCGCGUCCUUUCAUUUAAACACCAGACAUCUUUGAUUUGAGACCCUUUAAAGACGCUGAAAACACUUUUUAAAUGUAAUUACGAUGAGUGAUGCUGCUCUACAUUAACAUUUCAGCUACAGUUUGUUAUUUCAUGUUUCUCUUCUUUUUAUCUCCUUGCUUUUCUUAGUGGUUUAAAGUAGGCGGGGCUCACUUGGAAAAAGGUGAUGUCACGUACUUCCGUGCACCAAUCAGAGGAAUUUAGAAAGAUUUGAAUCAGAAUCUGAUGUGGGGUUGUUUGUUUAACUCCAAUAAAUGACGUUUUACUCUGACCUUUAGCAUAGAUUUGGGCUUAUUUAGUGAUGAUUAUUAGCUGUUAUUGAGAAAAACUUUGAAUUCUUCCUGUGAUCCCUCAUCACAGCAUCACAUUGAAGUCUAUUUUCAAACAAAAAAGCCAAACAUUGCUUAGUUCCAGCAUGUCAUUUGUGAGUUUUUCCUGCUUUUCUCUGUUUUUUUUAUUUUUAUAUUUUGGUUUUGGACAAAACAAGUCAGUUUCAGACCUUGGGUUUCUGGAGUACAAUGACGAGGCAUACAUCACUAUAUUUUCUGACAUUUAAAACACCAAACGAUUAAUCGAUUGAUUAAGAACGUAAUACAUGAUGGAAAUAACUCUGAUUUAAAGCACUACUCCCUAGAUUGUGUCAAGUUUCUACAGAGGCUUGAAGAAGUGAAAGUACCCAGUAUUCACUAUACACUAUUAUACUAUAAUACUAUUAUACACUAUGAAACGAUGGUUGCAGCCAGUAUCGCAGGUUAGAAAACACAGCUAGACAGUUUGCAUACUGCAUUGUAGGAAGCGUGACUGUUAGUGUGGGUGCUUUGUCUCUCUCUUGUGGCCGAAUACGGAAUUGAUGAAUUUAAACACGAGUUCAAAGCAGUCGGCCCCUCCCUGCCUGGCUGUUUGCGCCCUCUGGUGGUCAGUAAUACAACUACCGCUGCUCUCUUACCCCCCUCUGCCCCCCCUGUCUGCUACACACUGGGACAUUACCAUUUGGUGAGACUGACUGGCUUUGGUGAGGGAGACUGUGGGGGUCCGCCAGGGGGGUACUCCCCGUGCCGAAGGCUACCUUUUUGCAUCGCCCGAGCCGCCGGAUCUCUUUGUUAUCGUAGAACCCACGUGGUGAGAAACGCGAGGUUUGGUACAAUCUCAAAAAAUCAGCGUGGAUACGCUCGACGGGGUUUAGUUUUUUGGACCUUGUAGGACAUUCAGACGCGCACCUUGUGCUUGUGUGUCUGUGUGAUGAAUAUAUUAAAAAUCGUGUUAUACAUAUGUAACACAAGGUUAAUUUAAUGCAUAGUGGGCGGAUAUUUUUAGCAGUAUUUGACUAAAUGCAGGACACAGAUGCAUUUUGCAGAGGUUUGGGUUCCUCGUGUUCCUCAGACCCUCGCAGACUGGAUUAAAGACCACUGCAGUACAGUCAUCUCACCACCAGGUGUCGCCACCAAGCAAACUAAUGCCAGAAGCCGUCAGCAACACAUGUGAGAGGGCCCCUUCUGCUCAUCGAUAAAUCCAAUCCAAUAAUCUGGGGCGCGCGAAGGAAUUUGAAGGACGUACAUUUUGAUCUUCCUGCUUCUCCUUUUAGAUGCAACUUUUCUGUCAGCAAUGGCGUCUUUAGAUAGUGAUGGAUCACAUGCAUGCAUUAUAAAACAAACAGCUUGAGAGGCCUCUGAGGGAGGGUGAGUCCUCCAGAAGGUCUUGACCUCCGGCCUGGAUGUUGCAGGGCCACUAACCAGCUGUCCACACACACACACACACACACCCACUGCAGAGCUUUCAGAAGAACAUCUAUCUCUGACUCUAUUUUUUUAAGGAACAUGCUCGUCGUAAUGUGAUAAUUGAAGGACACAUUUGGUGUCAAAGCUCUCCGUCACCUCCUGAGGGGUAAUUUCCUUAUUGUGACACCUGGUUCGACACUUUUCUGCAGUUUUUGUUUCGCGCCGGCAGAACGGAGGAAGAGGAAAACGGUUGACAAUAUGAUGCCGUCUUGUGUCACAAAGCCAAGCAACCCCCCCCCCCCCCCCACCUCUGAAUCACCUCCUUUGUCAUUCAAAUAACCUCAUGAAUAUUUCACUCCCUUGAUCUGAUGGCUGGAAGAAGGGAGGGAGAGAACGACAGAGGGGCCGGAGUGGUAGUCUUCUACGUGGCGUGGUUGUUUUAGUCUCAGUAAUGACCUGUGUGGUGUGUUACUAGAGUGGGAAACAUAACCUUCUACCGUGCCUCAAUAAGUAGUUUUAUUCCUCACUUCACAUCCUUCUGACUUGGUCUUUCACCUUUUCAGUUUUAUUGCAUUUAGAGGAGAAAUCUCCUCCCUAACAGCACCCAAUAACACGUGUCAAGUGACACGGUCACCUUGCUGUGUUUGUUUGCCACUACUCUGUGGCCACACGGCCUGCAUGCAGCCUCCGGGCCCACUACUGGGUGAAAGGUAAAAAAAACUUAAUGAGGCGAGUGGAGGAAAUACUCGUAACCUAUGAAUGCACUCUGACUGAAACACAGGAAGUGAAGGUGCUCUUGACGUGGCCUCGUGCUCCAGUGAAGUGGGGGGGGGCUUUUAGAAGACAAAUGACCCAGCCUGGAGUGGCUUUUUUUUUUUUUUAAGUUGAGAAACCAACCCUCCUCCUCUUCCUCCUCGUCAUCACCACCACGUCACGACUCCAUCAUAUGGCAGUGUAUGUGCACAUGUUUAAUGAUGUGCAGCGUGGCCCCUUUAAGAGCAUAAUGUCCAGGACUCAGAGGUCUGUGUGCGCUGACCAUGGCCUCUGGGUUGGCCACCAGUGUGUGUGUGUGUCUGUGUGUGUCUGUGUGUGUGUGUCUGCAGCAGAGAGGAACUGAUUCAAACCUUCCCCAAACGGCAGCCUCGCCGCGUGCCCUUAUCUACCAAUGGAAUGCAACAGCUGUGUGGGGGAGCGGCAGGGUGGGCUGUCUGAAACCCCCCUCACAGACCCCCUCACAGCCCCCCAUCCACUCCACCUCCAAGCGACGUGCAGGGCUCCUGAAAGGCAGCUCAACUAAAAAGUGAGCUAGACACACACACAGUGAGAGACUCAGGCAGGGCUGCUGCACAUUCAAAAUAGAGUCAGAGGGAGGGAAGAGAGAGAGAGAGAGAGAGCCAGGGACAGGCAGCAGUGCUGUGAAGGAGAGCACAAAGAGAAGGAAAGUGGAGCAGGGGAGGGGAACAGGAGGCUGGGUGAAGGGAGAAGGGAAAGACAAAAGAAGGAGAGAGGAGACGUAAGCAGGGUGAACGGAGGGGACCGAGCAAAUGGCCACGGAGGAGACGGCGGGGGGAGCCAGGAAAGCCACCAAGAGCAAACUGUUUGAGUUCCUGGUCCAUGGAGUGCGUCCUGGCAUGCCGUCUGGAGCGAGGAUGCCCCACCAGGGAGCUCCCAUGGGCCCCCCCGGCCCACCGUACGGAGGGAGCCCGGCGGUGCGGCCCGGCCUGCCCUCAACCGUGAUGGAGCCCAGUCGUAAGAGGCCCGCCCCCUCCCAGCAGGUCCAGCAGCAGCAGCAACAGCAGCAGGGCGUCCAGAGCCGGGCCAGAAAGAAGCCAGUCGGAUUCCCCGGAGCCAAUGAGAUCCCGGCGAGGCAGAUGGACAUGAGAGAGCCCCAAUCAGAUCCCACGCUCGGAUCAAAUGCUAAGAGAAGGAAAAUGGCAGACAAGAUUCUUCCGCAAAGGAUCCGUGAGCUGGUCCCAGAGUCUCAGGCCUACAUGGAUCUUCUGGCGUUCGAGCGCAAACUGGAUCAGACCAUCAUGCGCAAACGUGUGGACAUCCAGGAAGCACUGAAGAGACCAAUGAAGCAGCAGAAGCGUAAACUGAGGCUCUACAUCUCCAACACCUUCAACCCGGCCAGACCCGACGCCGAUGACUCAGAUGGCAGCAUUGCAUCGUGGGAACUGCGAGUAGAGGGGAAGCUGAUAGACGAUCCGGGGAAGCAGAAGAAGAAGUUCUCUUCGUUUUUUAAGAGCCUGGUGAUCGAGCUGGACAAAGACCUCUACGGUCCUGACAACCACCUGGUUGAGUCACUCUGCGGCGGUUUGCUCUUUCAGUGGCACCGCACGCCCACCACUCAGGAGACGGACGGCUUCCAGGUGAAGAGGCCGGGCGACGUGAGCGUGCGCUGCACUCUGCUGCUGAUGCUGGACUACCAGCCUCCCCAGUUUAAGCUGGACCCUCGCUUGGCUCGCCUGCUUGGCAUUCACACCCAGACUCGCUCCUGCAUCAUCCAGGCCCUCUGGCAGUACGUCAAGACCAACAAGCUGCAGGACUCCCAUGACAAGGAGUACAUCAACUGUGACAAGUACUUCCAACAGAUCUUUGACUGCCCUCGGCUGAAGUUCUCUGAGAUCCCUCAGCGCCUCACCAACCUCCUCCUACCCCCCGACCCCAUCGUCAUCAACCACGUCAUCAGCGUGGAUCCCAACGACCAGAAGAAGACGGCCUGCUACGACAUCGACGUGGAGGUGGAGGAUCCCCUGAAGGGCCAGAUGAGCAGCUUCCUCCUCUCCACCGCCAACCAGCAGGAGAUCGCCUCACUGGACAACAAGGUGAUAUCACCAGCAUCACAGAAGAUCCAUGAGACCAUCGAGUCCAUCAACCAGCUGAAGAUCCAGAGGGACUUCAUGCUCAGUUUCUCCAGAGAUCCCAAGGGCUACAUCCAGGACUGGCUCAAAUCCCAGAGCCGAGAUCUUAAGUUAAUGACAGACGUAGUCGGGAAUCCUGAAGAGGAGAGGAGGGCGGAGUUUUACCACGAGCCCUGGUCCCAGGAGGCCGUCAGCCGCUAUUUCUACUGCAAGAUCCAGCAGAGGAGACAGGAGCUGGAGCAGGCCUUGGCUGUCCGCAACACCUAAAUCCAGGCCCUCCUGAAUCUCUGCGUGAGUGUGUGUAUAUGCGUGUGAGGCCAUCGCUGUAGUCCGGUGAAGCCUCUAAAAAUGGCGGCGACCUAAAAAAAAAACAAAUAAUAAUAAUAAUAAUCUUUUGUCAAAGUGAUAAAAGAAAAUGCAAAAAUGUGAAGUUUAGAGGAAGAGCGAUGUUCACGUAUGGAAGCCCAGAUCUCGAUGCACACGUGCGUCCGCUGCACAUCUGUCCCGUUUCGUGCAGGACCGUCAGGACGUCAUCAUUAACCGCAUGUGUUCAGCUGCACCCUUCCGAGGUCAAGACCCUCGGAGACCUCCUCUUCAUCGCUACUCUCUCCUUUUUUUUGUUGUAAAUACGUCACACACACACACACGUCAAGACGAACUCUGAACCGGCUGCUCACACACCGCGGUGUUUUUUUGGGGGAUUCUCAUCUCGAAAAAGAGUUUCCUUCUGGACGAGUCUUCAAAUUUCAUGUUUUCCAACUCUGAAACUGAUUUAUUGUUUGAUUGUAAGUGUGACUGUGUGUGUUUUUUUUAGUUUGUUCUCAUUAGGAGAGUGUUUUUUUUUAAAUAUUGAUUAACUACACCAGCAAAGAGAUUAUGGUGUGACACAGGAAUCAGUUCUAUCUAUAACCCCCGAGGUGUGGAUUUCAUUCAUUUUCAGGUUUGAGUGAAUCAGUUCAAACCUCCAGUGUGUCUCAUUCUAGAGUUAUUCGCCAGUAAACAGUGUUAGACAAGUUAACUGAAGUUAUAUCACAUGAUUAUCACAACAAGGAUAGUGUUUUAAUGAAGGAGAAAUAAGUAUUGAUCUUCCCAGCUUUUUCCUCCCUUAAUCAUAGCAAAAAUGACAAAUAUGCCUAAAUACAUGUUGGGACUGAUGUGUUUCGUCAAA